AUGGCUUCUGUUUCCGCCAAUGACCUUGUGGUCCACAAGUGGGCCACCAUCGUGUCCUGGGUUCUCGCUGCUUUCGUCAGUAUCCGCUACUUUGUGGGACGUUCUCCCUCUGAUCCACACAACCCUUACCAUGUCGCUGACACGCCUUUCUCGGGCAACAUCAUCGUGACUUUGGUCUACUGGCUUGUGUUGUUUUUCUUGCAAAUCUCCUUCGUUGUGCAGAUCUUCGUUCCCUCCGUUGAGUCCGCCAGUGCCUUGACCCCCUCAAGAACCGCAAUCACCAAGCAGAUUGGCUGGCACUUCACGGGCUUCAACUUGGGUGUUUUUGCAUGGACUUUGCUCUUUGUCAAGAAGCAUUUCUUCUGGUCCGAGCUCGUGCUUUUGGCCAACUUUGCCAACAUCACCUACUUGUACUUUGCCCACAAAACCUACAGAAUCAGACCAUUGUCCACCUGGGUCUUGAUCCACUGGCCUACCGUGGCAUUGCCUUGGUCCUGGUUGAUGUUUGCUGUUUUCUGGAACGGUGCCGUGUUGUUCCAUGUCCACAAGUUUGUCGGUAGAAUCAUUGCCAACAUCCUCGUGUGGUUGUUCUUGUUUGUGCCUACCUUCUUCAUCGCUGUGUUCAACGAUUGGGGUAUUGGUUUGUCCUCGAGUGCUUUGAUGUUCGGCUUGGGCUUGAACCAGAUCUUCACCAAGACUUUCGCUUUGCAGUGGAUCUUUGCCUUUGUCAUCUCCGGUCUUCUCUUCGUUUUAAGUAUUGCUGCCGCUGCUACCGGUAAGAUCACGAGGGAGACUACCGCCGAGGAAGGCGCUCCAUUGUUGGACGGUAACUAA